AUCUUUUAUUUGAAAACAGUUUUGCGAAGUAGCAAUGGCGUUUAAUAAUUAAUUCCUUCAACCUUAACAAAUUCACGUCAUUGCUGUUGUACAGGCAAGUACGAAGUUCUGGUUGGGAGAGUUCUCUCGGUAUUCAAUAAACUUGUUUCCCGUUACGAAAACAAGGUGCAGAUGAGAAGUACAUUUGCCAAAUUCAGAAAUUAGGCCGAUCAUAGAGCGCAUCGAUUGUGGAGUGAAAUCGGAGCAGAUUUAGUCAAACAGGAAUCACUUUCGACAUUGUGGUUUUAUAUGAAGGUUAAGCGAAAGGCCGAACUAGUUUAACUUUGCCUGAAAGGAUUACAGAUUUCGAAUGAUUCUCUAGAUUAUGAAGAAGCUAACGACGUAUGGUUCGGCCAUAUUAUUUGGCAAACUGACUUUACAAACAUGGUGGAUGAUCUAAACGCGAACUUUUGUCGGAAGCGUUACUUUCUAACUUUACAGACUCAUUUGCUAUAUAUUUAAUUCAUACACAGCCCGUUGGUGAUUUUCUCGUUGUUUUCAAGGUAACUGAGAAGCAUUUCAGUUAAGAUUGUGACAAAACAGCGCGUUUUGAAAGAUGCCUUUCCACUAGGCGAUCUCCAAUUUCAUAUGACUUGCGAGGAAACCUCAGCGUCAAUUCGGGAAGAUUUUUGUCUCACAAACCCGAACUUGUGACUAAGUUUAUUUACUCAAGGGUUAGAUUUAUCGUUGAACAGCUAUUGGGCUUUGAUAUUCAAUUAUUGAAUAAAUUACAGAAUUUAUUUGGAAAAAAACUAUAAAAACAAACAAAAUGCAUCGUUACCGAAUGAUGAAGCAACUUGGUGAUGGGACGUACGGAUCAGUGGCACUUGCUAAAGCAACAGACACCGGGGAAACAGUCGCAAUCAAAAAAAUGAAAAAGAAAUUUUAUUCAUGGGAAGAGUGCAUGAAUCUAAGAGAAGUCAAGUCUCUGAGGAAGCUAAACCAUGCUAACGUUGUCAAACUCAAGGAAGUCAUCAGAGAAAAUGAUCAGCUCUUCUUUGUCUUUGAGUACAUGAAAGAAAAUCUAUAUCAACUGAUGAAAAAUAGAGAUAGACUAUUUCCAGAAUCAGUAGUGAGGAAUAUAACAUAUCAGAUGUUACAAGGAGUUGCAUUCAUGCAUAAAAAUGGAUUUUUCCACAGAGAUAUGAAACCAGAAAAUGUUUUAUGCAGUGGACCAGAACUCGUUAAAAUUGCUGAUCUUGGACUUGCAAGAGAAAUAAGGUCUAGACCUCCAUACACAGAUUAUGUAUCUACACGAUGGUACCGUGCCCCGGAGGUCCUUCUUCGUUCGACCAAUUACAGCUCGCCAAUCGACAUCUUUGCCAUUGGCUGCAUAAUGGCUGAAACCUAUACACUGAGACCGCUAUUUCCGGGAAGCAGCGAAGUCGACAUGAUCUUCAAGCUAUGUUCAGUACUGGGGACACCAGCAAAGGAUGACUGGCCAGAGGGUUACCAGCUAGCUGCUGCCAUGAAUUUCAAAUUCCCACAGAUGGUAUCGACGCCUUUGAAACAGCUGAUCCCCAAUGCCAGCCCAGAGGCUAUACAGAUCAUACAAGACAUGCUGCAAUGGGACCCGAAGAAGCGGCCUACAGCCAGCCAGGCCUUGAAAUAUCCUUACUUUCAAGUGGGACAGAACAUCCAACGUGCACGCGUCUCCAAACGUAUCUCUGUUGCUGACCGUGCGGAUCCAGGAACGCGGUUCGAUGCCGCGCGGGAAGUAGAGAAUAAUAGAACUUAUGGACUUGAGAAAAAAGAUAGUCAGUUCAGUGUGAAAGAUAAUGACGACUUCGGUGACUUUGGCUUUAGUGAAAGUCAAGCAAAACAAGUCGGUCUUCAGAGCAAGCAUACAUUCGAAGCAAAAAAGAAGCAGAGUGUGGCCAGGAAACUGUCAGAGGAUCUUGGCGAAUUUGACUUCGAUGAAUUAGACACAUCAUUUUCGAAAUCGCGAUUCCCAAGUCUUAAGAAAAUGCACCCGAUUUCAAAGCAACCAACCCUAGAUGUUUUCCAAGGGAAAGAAAGUCAAGAGAAGUCGACACUGCCAAACCUCGCAAUGAGGAAGGAGAACACUUCAAGGAAGACUCCAGGCUCAGCUAAGCAGCAUUACUUGCAGCGAUCUCGUUACUAUCCUGGUGCACCAACACGAGACCUAUCAAACAUGGGUAUCGAAGGAAAGGUGUACGAUUUGGGAUCCGGUAAAAAAGUUGUUGAAUUAACUUCAGGAAGCGUUAAAGGCUCUGCUAGGGGUGCCUAUGUACCCUCGUUUGAAGAAAAGAAAAAGCCAGUUGGUAUUGUAGGUGCUCCCGCAGCUGCCCCGUCAUAUCCAUCUUGGAAAGCCUCUUCAAUAACACAGCGAGGGGUAUCUUAUCAACCUCCCGCGGCACAACCCGAAAGAACGCGGGUUGGCAUACAUGGAAGGACUGACUGGACUGCCAAGUACGGUGGAAACAGGUUCUAAAAUAUCGAGAUUGUUUCAUAUGAAAUAAGUCACGUGAUGAAAGAAGAGUUUAAAAAUUCUAACUUUAGACGUUAUUUGUGGCUUUUGUAAAUACAUGUAUCCUUAGAAUUAUCCAACAAAUUUACAGUAGCUGCUCCGCUCUCAAGGGGCAGUAUUGUUUUAUCGUUUUAUUUAUAGUGUUUAAAUUAUAAGAUUUGUUAUAUCUUUUAGCAAUAUCCAAAAACUAUU